UAGAAAGAUUACAGACAGAGAGAGGCAGGUGGGAAAAGGAGCAAGUGACUAUUUACGGGAAAUUAUAAUAAACUAGUUUUAGGACAUUGCAAUGUGUAUCAAACAAACCGAGCCUUUGUUCUUCUUCGUCCAAGUUUAACUUUGAUGUCCUGAACGAUAAGUACUGGACUGCAGACCAAACUGUACACAGGACUCAUACAAGUGGUCGAGGCGGGCUAGGAAGCAGAGACUGGAUCAGAGAAAGUGGUGAGCAGAUACACUCUGUCUGCAUCAUUGAAGACUUGGGCCAAUUAGGCUACUGCGGAGAUCGGCACAGAAAGAUAUUUCUGUCACGAGCGUUGGAAGCAUACUCGGACCAACGUGAAGCCUGAUCUGGGUUCCACAUCUUUUUUAUUUAAACCUUCCGGAUGGCCUUCUGUCAAUUUCGACUGACAUCCGCCAUGGCUGCAUAUCUGGGCAUAUUUAUUUUAGCUCUGAGUGUUGUGGGACAGCAGCUCCCUUCCAGCCCGCAUGGCUGCAUGGAGGGCAGCUGUUACCCAGCAACAGGCAACCUGUUGAUUGGCCGAGCCAUUAAUCUCAGCGCCACCUCCACUUGUGGUCUUCAUGGGCCUGAACACUACUGCAUAGUCAGCCACCUGCAGGAAUUGGACAAGUGUUUUGCGUGUAACUCUCAGCGGCCUUAUGACCCGUACUACCACAAAAACAGUCACCGCGUGGAGAACGUCAUCCAACUCAAGGACAGCAACGAAGACCUCACAUGGUGGCAGUCCGUCAACGGAGAGGAGGGUGUCAGUAUCAGACUCAAUCUGGAGGCAGAAUUCCACUUCACUCACCUCAUCAUGAAGUUUAAGACAUUCCGACCGGCAGCCAUGCUGAUCGAGCGUUCGGCUGAUUUUGGUCGCUCCUGGAGACCGUACCGUUAUUUUGCCUACAACUGCACCAAGACGUUCCCACGUGUGCCCGGCCACGCCCUCCACUACAUCAAUGAUGUGAUCUGUGAGGAGAGAUACUCUGACAUCGAGCCCUCCACGGAAGGAGAGGUAAUUUAUAAAGUCCUCGACCCUGCCAUACAUGUGAAAGACCCAUACAGUCUGGAGAUUCAAGAGCUGUUGCGGAUCACCAACCUGCGGAUCAACUUCACCAAGCUGCACACCCUGGGAGAUAACCUGCUGGACCGGCGCUCUGACGUUCUGCAGAAGUACUACUACUCCCUGUAUGAGCUGGUGGUGAGGGGCAGCUGCUUCUGCUACGGACACGCCUCAGAGUGUUCCCCCGUGCCAGGGGUUGAUGCCAGGGACAGUGGCAUGAUCCAUGGGCGAUGUGUGUGUAAACACAACACUGAGGGGUUAAACUGUGAACGCUGCAGAGACUUCCACAACGACCUGGCCUGGAGCCCAGCCGAGGCCAACGACCCUCACACAUGUAGAGAAUGCAACUGUAACGGCCACUCCAACCACUGUCACUUUGACAUGGCGGUUUACUUGGCCACGGGCAAUGCCGGCGGUGGCGUCUGUGACCACUGUCUCCACAACACCAUGGGACGCAACUGUGAGAUGUGUAAACCAUUUUACUACAAGGACCCCAGCAGGGACAUCAGAGACCCCGCCGCUUGUACUGCGUGUGACUGUGAUCCUGUGGGCUCCAUGGAGGGAGGUGUGUGUGACAGCCACACAGACCUGGACAUGGGCAUGAUCGCCGGGCAGUGCCGCUGUAAGCUCAACGUUAAGGCCACCCGCUGUGACUACUGCAAGGAGGGUUACUAUGGCCUGGCCCACAACGACCCACAGGGCUGCCAACCGUGUAACUGUGACCCUCGUGGGACCAUAAUGCUGGGAGAACCAUGUGACCAGAUCAGUGGGGACUGCUCCUGUAAGAGAUACGUCACAGGCCGCUACUGCAACCAGUGUCUGCCGGAGUACUGGGGUCUUGGUAAUGACCUAGCAGGCUGCCGAGCCUGUGACUGUGACUUUGGUGGAGCCUACAGCAACAGGUGUAUGGUUGAAAAUGGCCAGUGUGACUGUAGGAGGCACCUGAUUGGUCGUCAGUGCUCUGACGUGCAGCCUGGGUACUUCUGUGCCCCCCUGGACUACUACAAAUACGAGGCAGAGGACGCCGUUGGCCACUCCCCUAGUGACCACAGCCUCCCGGGCAAGGCCAGGCCCCAGGCUGAGGUUGACUGUGUGGAGCACCUCAACAACCAGCUGAGGAGACACAGACGCCACAGACGCAUCGCCACCACCCAGCAGCAGAGGGCAGCACUGAGACGCAUCCGCCAGCUGCAGCAAACGCCUGAUGUAAGGAGUGUUCACAGGGAGAGAUCUCAGGGUCACAUGGUCACCUGGACUGGGCCUGGUUUUGCCCGGGUCAAGGAUGGCGCUGGACUGGUCUUCACAAUAGACGACAUCCCCCAUGCCAUGGAGUAUGACAUCAUGAUCCGCUAUGAGCCAGAGUCUACUGAGGACUGGGAGGCCAUCGUGAGUGUUACCUCCCUGCUGCUGCCCACCAGCUCCCGCUGUGGCAACCUGCUUCCCACUGAACAGCUCUACACUGUCACCCUGCCGCACAACAGGAGGUAUGUCCAGAUGCCCAGGCCUUUCUGCUUUGAGCCCAGUAACCGUUAUGUCGUGGCCAUCAGAUUCCAGCGCCACGGAGUGUCCCAGAGACACCUGACCGCUUUCAUCCUUGUUGAUUCACUGGUGCUGAUCCCCAAGUACACGGAGCUGCUUGGUUUCCAGGGUAACGACCCUGCGGCGGAGGAGCGCCGUGAUGAGAUGGUGCGCUACAUGUGUCUGGACUCCUUCAUGGCCAUGCCCAUGCCCAUGCUGGCAGAGAUGUGCACCAAGCUCAUCUGCAGCAUCUCUGCCAUCCUGCAUGAUGGAGCUCUGCAAUGUCAGUGCGACCCCCAGGGGUCUCUCAGUGCUGAGUGUGACAGGGUCGGAGGUCAGUGUCGCUGUAAACCCAACGUGAUUGGACAACGGUGUGACCAAUGUGCACCUGGCACCUACGGCUUUGGACCAUAUGGCUGUACCGCUUGUGACUGCCAUUCCCAGGGCUCUCUGGGGCACCAGUGUGACCCGGUGACGGGGCAGUGCCCGUGCAGACAGGGGGCCAGUGGGCGCCAGUGUUCAGACUGCCAGCCUGGCCAGUGGGGCUUCCCCAGCUGCAGGCCAUGCCAGUGUAAUGGUCACACUGAUGACUGCAACCCACAGACAGGGGAGUGCCAGACCUGCAGAGACUACACUGAUGGACAGUACUGUGAAAGGUGUGUGAAUGGUUUCUUUGGGAACCCAGUGCUGGGGUCUGGAGAUCACUGUCGACCAUGUCCCUGUCCUGGGAACCCAGGAAGUGGACACUCCAAUGGGGACUCCUGUCACACGGACAUCUCAUCCAAUCAGAUCCUCUGCAACUGUAAACAGGGCUAUACAGGCCCUCGCUGUGAACGCUGUGCCCCUGGUUACUAUGGCAACAUUGAGCACCCAGGCGGGCAGUGCCUCCCGUGCCAGUGCAGUGGCAACAUCGACACCCAGGACCCAGAGUCAUGUGACCCCAGGACAGGACAAUGCCUGAGGUGCCUGUACAACACGGACGGCGCCUCCUGCUCUGACUGUAAACCUGGUUACUAUGGCAACGCCCUGGCCCAGGACUGCAGGCGUUGCACAUGUGUAACAGCAGGUACACAGCAGUCCUACUGCGCUGACGGUCAUUGUCACUGUGACAGACAGACAGGAGCAUGCCCGUGUCGGGACAAUGUGGUCGGCCACAACUGUGACCAGUGUGCCCCCGACUACUGGAACUAUGGCACAGAUAGAGGGUGUGAGCGCUGUGGCUGCCACCCUCUGCACGCUAUGGGAUCACAUUGCAACAUGUUUAGUGGACAGUGUCACUGUCAGCAAGGCUUUGGGGGAAGGCAGUGCACUGAGUGUGAGCAGUUCCAUUGGGGAGACCCACGUGUGCAGUGUGAAGAGUGUAACUGUCACCCUCUGGGCUCGGAGAUGGCCCAGUGUGACCGUGUGACAGGGGUGUGUGAGUGUAGGGAAGGGGCGGUGGGGCGGCAGUGUGACGAGUGUGCCCGCGGGUUCACCGGGGUAUUCCCUAAGUGUGUCCGGUGCCACCCCUGCUUUGAGCUGUGGGACGACGCAGUGUGUAUGAUCCGCCGGGACCUGGACCACAUCCGUGACGACAUCCAGAGGAUCCUGGAGAGCGGAGAGACGCCCGGCGUGGGCAACAAACGCAUCCUCGAGCUGGAGAACAAACUGGCCCAGGUACAGGACCUGAUCCGAGACGGAGACUGGGACAGACUACACCAGCUGAUUGGCCAGUCCAUCGAUGACCUCAGAGCAGAGAUAGCUCUGACUGACGGACGUUUGAUGGGUGUGGCCCGGGAGCUGAAUGGGACAGCGGUGCAGGACGAGGUACUAAGGCGGAACCUGACCCAGAUGGAGAGAGAACUCAGGGACCUCAACACCACUCUGAUGCACCACCGCCAAACACAGGAGAACAACCUCAGCUCUGGUUUCCAAGAUCAGUUUGACAAUGUGAAGAAGUACUACAGUGAGUCCCAGAAGGCUCAACAGAAGUGCAACGCCUCAGUGUCUGGUCCUUUCAGCCCUGUGGAGGAGUCUAAAGCAACACGCGCACACACCGAGGACCUCCUAAACAAGAGGCAGGAUAAGUUCCUGCGCACGGUGGCGGCCCAGAAGAAAUCAUUGUCAGAGCUGCAGAACAAAGCCCAGGACGUAGACAAAAAAGUCCACCACCUGAGCCACAAGGUAUGUGGUGGCCAUUCCAAUGCCAGCUCCAAUGGCACAUGCCACGACAGCCCAUGUGGGGGUGCUGGUUGUCGUGACAAUGACGGCCGGCGGGUGUGUGGAGGGGACGGGUGUGACGGCACUGUUAGCGCCUCCCUAAAGGGACUGAAACAUGCCAAUGAUGUCUCAGACAACCUGACUGCUGCCAGUGAGGAUCUCCAGGGUAUGGCUAAGAAGCUCCAGGACAUUGCUAUGCUGACCCAGGAUGUGAAGAAUCAAGCCAUGGACACCCUGGACAAAGCCCAGAAGAAGAAGGACUUAUUUGAAAACUCCAAUAAAAAACUCAAGGAAUUCAUUCAGAAGAUCAAAGAUUUCCUGACUGAGGAAGGUGCGGACCCAGAGAGCAUAGAGAAGGUGGCUCAGCAGGUGCUGGCCAUAUCUCUUCCUGUCAACAGAACCACUCUGGACAGCAUGGUCCAGCAGAUUAAAGACAACAUUAACAACCUGACAGAUGUAGAAGGGGUCUUCAACCACACCUCCCAGCAACUCCACCAGGCCAAGGAGCUGCUCAACCGAGCUAAGGAUGCCAAGACACGAGCAGAAGGAGUGAAGGACACAGCCAACACGACUAAGCAGGCGUUGGAUGCGUCUGAAAAGGCUAUUCAGAAAGCAACCAAAGCCCUGGACCAUGCCCUGAACAACCUGAACAGCACCAGGAACACCACCGCAACGGUGGAGGAGAAUCUUCUGGAUCUGGAGGUCAAGCAGAUGGAUGCAAUGAUGCGACUGGCCAACCUGUCGAUGGGGGUAGAGGCACUAAAAACGAAGACCGAUCAGAACAGGGAGAUGGCCAAAGAUGCCAAGAACCAAGCCGAAAAUGCCACUAAUGCAGCAUCGGGACUGGAACAGAGGCUGAAUGAAACGGAGGAUCGGUACAAGGAACUGCAGAUGAAGGUGGACUCUCUGGGCGGGGCCUCGGGGGGCCUGGGGAACGUCAACCAGAGGGCCAAGGAGAUCAAGAAGGAGGCUGAAGACCUGCUCACUAAGGCCAACAAGGGCAUAGAAACGCUACGGAAGCUUGAGAAGAAGUUCCGUAAUAAUGAGCAGAAAAUGCUGGACCAGCAGAGCGAGUUAGGAGAGCUGGAGAGGAACGCCACGGAAGCACGGGAGGCCAUACGAAAGCAGGUGCAGACAUACAACAACUGUAACUGAUCAUGUGGAUUGAACGAUGUAGGAGAGAAACUGUAUUCGUGAAAAUGUACCACUGGUGCUUGAUUCCCAUUCUCUCUCUGUCAAAUUUGAAAGGAAUUUAAUAAAAAUUAUUAUCACAAAAAAAUAAGAAAUAAGGUAACUGUUAGUGAUGGGAGGAACACUGGGUCAUGUGUACUGUACAGCUGUAGUCUGUUGGAACAUAGCAGGGAGCUCCUUCUGAUGUUGUGAAUAUGCCAGUAAAACUGUCAGUAGAACUGUCUGCACUACAUAGGUCAUCUACUUCUUUCUGUCAGUAACUCCCAAUCAUUCUUCUCAUGGUUUUGACAUGAUGCCAUCUGCACAAGUUUGUUGUGUAGCUAUGUCUGGAACACGACAACUGGAUAUGGACCAAUGAAACAUGUUUCGUGUUCCAAGGUAGAUUGACUUUUGAAUUAGUUGAAGAAAAGAGAUCAGAGAGAAUGUUUUACCGAGGAAUAUGUUCUUUUGACCAAUUAAAUGCCCUUUCAGGAAUUAUUUUUGAUUUAUUCUGACUACAGUAAGUAUAUGUACAAUAUGACAUACAUAUCGUAAAAGUCAUAUGUGAUACCUAGGAGUGACAGAUGUUACAUUUUGAUUCAGAAAAUACUUUUUCGUCAGCCACACAUAUACAUUACACACAAAAACAAACACACGCACGGUCGCUCACACAAACAAAACAUGUUCUACACAAAUUUCAGCCCCGUUGAUGUAUAAUUGAAACAGACGUCUAUGAAAAAUAAAUAUACAUUUGAUAUAA